UCGAAGUUGCUGGAGUGGAGUCGCAUGUCUAAAUUUUUGAAGCCAAUACCCUCGAGGAGUGUCACAUGUAAUCACCCUCCGCCUAUUCCGAAGACCAAUAGGCCUACUGCCCUCUAGGUGUGGUGUUUACGAACAUUCGAUGACCGAUUUUGGAGGCGACGUCCUGUUCACCCAGUUGCGAAGACCAAGUCUGCCAGAGAGAAGCGCAUAGAAAGACCGAUUUUGCCGGUGUAAAUUCGUGUACACCAAUGCGAUGACAUUUUGCAGGAUUAUCCCUAUACUAAGUCCGAAUCCUGCAGUAGGAAAUUCGUGCUAUAUCAAUUGUGAAGGACCGCGUAAACCCAUGAUCAUAGACGGACAUUUCGUCUUCUUCAGGUGACGUGUUUCUGAGGGAAUUGCAUCAUUUACAUUCAUGCCGAGGACAAGUUAUGAAGGAGUCGAAGACCGCUUCAUAUUCGGGAGUUAUGUGGAAUCGAAGGAUUAGGUCUACUGGUGUAGCAUUUACCAGCGCUGGAGACAGAUCCCUAUAAUAUUUUGGUGCGUAGUCAGUCACAACCUACUUCACGAAGGACAGUCGGGAAUCUACGCAGAAAGACAAUAUGGAUAAAGAAGCGAUUCCCCUUGUCAGGUUUGAAUCAAAUGACUCAACGCCGGACUCAGAUACUCGCAGACUCCCCGAGGCAAGAACACGUAGGAUUAUAGUUGAACCUGUCUUUUUCCUCUUCUCUCUCGCCGUAGUUGGAGAAGCUCCCGUACUGGAGCAAUACGUCUACUCAAGAUUCAAACUAGAUUCACCUUUAUUUAAUGAAUCCAUCAAUAGGAACAGUACCUUCUGUCAAACGAACCAUUCUGAUCCAGAGUUUAUUGCCAUGGAAUCAGUUCAGAAGCAAACGUCACAUUUUCAGAUGGCCCUUAAUCUCGUCUGCAGUUCGCUGGCCAUGGUCACAACACUGGUGUACGGGACGUACUCAGAUUCGGCUGGGCGGAAAGUCGUCCUGAUUCUUUCCAUUAUGGCGCGGGCAAUUAAGUUUGUCUUCACCUCGUUUGUCAUUGGUUUUAAGUUGCCCGUUCAGUGGCUUUUGCCGGGAGAAAUCUUGGUGGGACUAGGCGGAGGCUAUGCUACCAUGGUAAUGGGUGUGAACUCGUAUCUCUCCGAAACGACCGCAACGGACACGAGAACAUUUCGGAUGGCAGUCUUGGAAACGUGUUUAGCAGUUGCCGUGUCAAUAUCUGAACUAGGAUUGGGAUAUUUCGUUGAGAAAUUAGGUUUUCUGUACCCAACUUUAACAUUAUUGGGCAUUUUAGUCAUAGACUUAAUCUAUGUGUGGCUUUUUGUCCCCGAAACGAGGCCGAGUAGGAAGGUCCUUAGGUCACCAAGACAAUCAUUCAUCGCGUUUUGUGCAGUGUACACGCAAAGAGAAGGAAAGCGACGCAUCAAGUUGAUGUUACUGAAUAUCAUGACGCUGACCUUUCUAAUGGGGUGCGGAGGUGCAAGUGUAGGGCUGCUGUUUAUGAUGAACACUCCCCUAUGCUGGGGACCAGUCCAGAUGGGUAUCUACCUAGCGAUAAGCUCCCUUGUGAGCCAGUUCGUCGGGUUGUUCGCUUUGAAGGUCUUCAAGAAGUUUGAAGUUUCGGAGAUCACGGUAGCUGCAAUCGGGACAGUCUCCGCUAUCGUCGGGAACGUAUUGCACGCUUGGGCGGCAACAACUUUCAUUAUGUACACAGUCUUCUUUGUUGCCAUGCUGAUGGUACUGCCACUGCCCGUGAUCAGAUCUAUCAUCUCAAGACAGGUCAAGCCAGAAGAACAAGGCACGGUAUUCGCAGGGGUGGCCAGUAUCCAAUCACUCAGUUCCUUGAUGGUCGGAGGCAUCUUCAUGUACAUUUACAAGAACACCCUUGUCUUCAUGCCGGGAUUUGUCUUCAUAGUAUCAGCUCUGUUCGGUGUUAUCACAAUCGCUCUAAUCCUGACCUACAUUUAUGUCUGUCGUUUAGCGGAUGAAAUGGAUGAGAGAAAACCACUGCAACAUGACUGGACAAACUGUAGCUAGAUGAGAAGGGGUGGACAUGGCCAUCGAACGAAUGCAGUCACAACACCUUGCUCGGCCUCACAUUAAAGCCCUCAUCAUUGGUGUACAUAACGUGUAUUUUAU